AACAAUUUACAUCAAUUUAGUAUUUAUUAAAUUUCAAUUUUCUUUCAAAUGAACAGAAAUCACAUGCAAGUUUUAGCACCACUAACUUCAUAAAGAAGUUACAGAGAUAUUAGAUAAAGAUAAAAUGGGCUAUAAUAAAUAAUAAAUAGCUCGAAUAAUUCUAGUUUUUUAAAUAACAGUACUGCGCAUACUAGGAAUAAUAGUGGGUAGUCUUCUAAUUUGACUUCCAAUAAUGUAAAUCAUAUUUAAAUGUCUAAUAGCAUCCACCAAAUAUCUCAUAAACCCCAGCCAAACACGUAAACUGAUAGAAGGAGAAAUAACAGCUCGUCUUAUUAGGUACCUAAUUAGGAGUUCAGUAGUACUGAAGGUUAAAACAAUAAAAUUUAAGUUUGUCAAUAAAACAUUCCUUUUAAUUAAGAUAUGAACCAAAAAUUGCAUUCUAUUAAAAGAAACUAAUCAACUGAGUAAAUAGACGCAAAGUAGUAUUUGUAAAAAAGCAUACAUCAGAAUGCUGAUCAUUAUGGAAAAUAAACGAGCCAUUAAAGAGUGAACAGUGAAUGCGAGUCAGAGUAAAAUAAAGAAAACAUUUCAUUUUGUGUUAAUUCUGUCCAAAGCAAUACACAAAGAAACUAUAGUUAUGAAACAUCCUUUAAUUCUAAAACAAUUCAGCCAGAAAAAAGCUAUUUUAUGCCAUUGAAGCAAUAGUAACAAAUGUAAAAAUAAAUUAGAAGAAAUACAAACAUGAGUACAGACUUUUCUAAUCACAAUAAUAGUUAGCGUUAAACCACUAAUAGUUAAAAUAAUAGUGGUUCUUACAAUUAAAAUCUGAAUUCCUACAAUAGUAAUUAAAUGAAUUAAGCUAAAAAGAAUAGUGAUGGAUUAGGAAAGCUGCUAGCAAGUUAACUUAAUGAUUUAUCAUUAAAUAAUAACAUAAUUGAAAGCUACAUUGAAAAAGUUUUUCAAAAGGAUCUUUCAUUGUAGAGUGAAUAAGGAGGCUUUUAACCAAAUUAAGGACACACUAAAGAAACAGAGUAAUCUUUUAAUAAGCUAAAUUUGUAAAGUGAACAUUCUGAGGCAUAAAAGUCAUUAAAUUAGUCUAACUAUAACUCUGAUUAAUCAAUUUAAGAUAAAAGAACUUAAUAACAAUCUCAGAUUUAAAGCUAAUUGCAAUCAUAAAUUUUAUAUGAAUAAGCUCUAUAAUAAAAAUUAAAACUAUUACCAUAGAGCAAAGAAAACAAAAACACCUCCUCCUUUACUCAAAUCCCUAAGCCUUUUAAUAAAUUUUAAGAGCACCCAGCUUACAACUAGGUAUAACUAAAAAAUUUAAAUAAAUAUUUAUUUGGAGAUAACUAGGAUGUAACUCAAAUCACAAAAUAAGAGAGUAAUUAAAUUAAUAAAUAGUAAGAACUAAAUGCUUAAAAGUUGAUCAAUAGUAAAGAAUUAAUAUAAAAAACUCUGCAAAGCGAUGGUUCAAAUGAUGAUAUUGAGUAAAGUUCCUUAUUAUGUUAAUAAGAAAAAGAAAUCAUAAGCUAACAUAAGCAUUCAAAACAAAAUGAAAACUAAAAAGACCUUGAAUAUGGCAGUUAUAAUUCCAUAAAUUAAAUACAAAAUAACAGCAGUGUUUAUAAUUAAAAUAUUUAAAAUCAAGCUUAGCAAGAGCUUAAAAUUGAAAAUUAGAAUUUGUAGAAUAAAAUGUAAGAGCUUGAAUAAAAACAAUCCUAACUUUAAUAAACUCUCAUUUAAAAGGUCAUGCAAAUAAAUUGUAUGGAAAACCAAAUUAAUUAAUUAGAAAAAGAUAAAAAAUUAAUGUAACAAUCGCUAGAUUAAAUUCAAUAGCAGCUAAAUGAUGAAAUGAAAAAGUAGCAAGAGUUCAAACUAGCUAACGAGUCUUUAUAGGAAAUUAAUUAGAAAUAAAUAAAAACUUAAUAAGACUUAAAUUUAUAAAUUUAAUAAUUAAACUUUCAAAUAUUUUAGUUGGAGUAAUAGAUAUAUGAUGUUAAUGUAAAUGCUAAAGAAAAAGAGAAGGCUUUAGAACAUUAAAAAAAUGAAUAAAUUUUACUCUUGAAAGACAAAUUUGAGAAAGAUUUUGAAUAGCUAAAUGAACAGCAUUCAAAACUUGUUUAACUUUAAAAUAUUUGCAUGAAUUAAAAAGAAACUCUUUCUAAUGAGAACCAGUUCCUUCAUUCCUAAUUAGAACAAAAAUAGAGUGAAAUUUAACAAUAUUAAACAAAAAUAUCUGCAUAAGAAAUGGAGAUCAAAAAUUUAGAAUAAAAGUACUUCCAAAGUAACAGCAGCAAUCAUUAAAUUUAAUUCAUAGAGUAGUAAUUAGCGGAUGCUGAAAAUGAACUUAAUAAUUAGAAUAAAAAAUUUAACAUGGUAGUUUUAAAUAUUUCCACUGUACUUGAACUCAUUCAAUAGAAGAUUCAGAAUUAUUAAACAACAAUAAAAAUGACCGAUAGAUCCAUUAAUUUUUAAAAUUUGAGUGAAUAGCUAAUGAGUUAAGUUAAAUUUGGAAUUAACUAAAUGGCCCUACUUAUAUAGCCAAUCAUUUAAGAAAUAAAAGAAUAAAGCUAGGUUUAAAGAACUUUUAGACAAAAUACUUCCUUCAAAAAUUUAUAAGAUAUAUAACAAACUUCUCAAUCGAUCUAAGUUGCAGAGGAUAAAAAAGAUUAAAUUUAAUGUAAUAAAAAAAUUGAAGUUCAAAAUCCUAAUGGUAUCUAAGAUAUUGAUCAUAUAGAAAAUAAAACUAAGGAAUAAAUUGACUUAAAAAAUGUUUAAACUGCCUAGUUUGGAGAAUAAAGUUUGAUGACCUCUCAAAACUAAAGAGAAUUAGUUGAAAAACAAUAAAAAUAAGAGAUAGCAAUAAAUGAUUAAGAUCAAAACUAAAAUGGAUUUAAAGUAUAAAAUUGCAACUCAAUCAGCUAGCUGAUAAAUAACUAAACAAUAUCUAUACAGGAAUAUAUAAUUCCUUAAUCUGAUACAUAAAUUUAAAUUUAAAACAUAAAAAAUAGAAUAUAUUAAAGAUAACAAAGGAGAAAAUAAAAUGAAUCUAGUUAUAGUUCAAAUCGCUCUUUUUCAUACAAUUCUAAUUAGAGUAACAAUUUCUUCACAGUUGGAAGAUAAAAUUUGAGCUUUUAAGAUGAUAAUAAUUCAUCUCCAUAUUAAGAUCAACAUUAAUCUUAAAUUUGA